CCAUUUUACACCCCCUCUCCUUCUCCCUCCCGUCUCAUCAAACGCCCACAACAGGAAUCGAAACUAUCUCAAAAGAUCAUCAGAGAGAGAGAGAGAGAGAGAGAGAGAGAGAGAGAGAGCAGAGAAGAAGCAAGAAUUCAAAAACGCGAAAGAAAAAAAAAGUUUUUUGUUUUGUUUUUUGAAUUAGACAUGGACGAUUACACGAGAGAGAUGAUGGACCUGAAAACCCUAGUCACUCGAACCUUAGAGAAGAAGGGCGUUUUAGCUAAGAUCCGGGUAAAUGCCUUCUCCUUACCCACUUUCUUUAACGGCCUUCGAGAAUCUUCUCAGCAUAUGAAAUAUUUUUUCUCCCGUAAUUGCAUAUUUGAUCUUCAAAAUGCAGGGAGGCUGCUAACUGCGCUAAUAUGUGAAUAUUUAGACUGGGCACAACUAAAUCACACCCUAAAAGUUUAUCUGCCAGAGUGUAAUUUGCAAAAAGAUUCUUGGAAGGCUGAACUAAAAGAAUUCAGUAGCAAGAAUGGAUAUGAUCUUAAUAGAAAUGGAGACAGUGGACCCCUGCUUUUGGAUGUUCUUGAAGGGUUCUUGAAGUUUGAGAAUUUAUCCCAAACUCGGGGUACUGGAAGGAGAGUAUCAGAAACUGAGUCCAUAUCUGGUUUAGAGUCACGAAAUACACGUAGGCCUUCGUCGUCAUCAAUAGCUGGGGGAUUUCCUCCACCGGGAAGGCCGGUUCCUGCUUCCCAGGCAUCUGAUCGGAGAGCAGGUUCUUCCAUGUCUGGUUACCGAAAAGAUGAAUACAAUUGGAGAUAUGACAAUGAUGAUAUUCCCGAGGAGGUGAUUCGAGCUUCAGCAGCUCUUGAAAACCUUCAGUUGGAUAGAAAAGCUCGGAAUCUAACAUCAUCUUGGCGGUAUGUUCCUUAACCCUCAUAAAACAAAAUUUUACUAUGUUUUUCCCUUAUUAAUUAAGGUGAAUUUUGGAAUACAAAUCAGUCUUCUAUUCAAAGCUUUAAUAAGUAGGCCACCAGCAUAGGGGAUCAAAUGACUCUUUUUCUACAACAAGAAAGGAAGUGAUUUUAAGCAUUUCUAUAGACAUUUUGGAUAAUCUGACAAUGAGUUCGUUUUUCUUUGAUUAAGUUAACCCUGAUGUUAGAAUUUCGAUUUCAACAUAUUUAUUCCAUUUGACUUCCUGGCGUUAACUGCAAUAUGUCCAAGUAUUUUUUGCUUUCGGAUGGUCAGAUACGCUGUACUCUGUUUUUUUCAUGUGACUUGUCUGGUGUUAGGAGCUUUUGUUGUCAGGUGAUAUUCUGCUUAUUUUCUUGAGUUUACGCUGAUUUUUGUCAGAUCAGUUGUCUGACAGUAGGAACCAUUUUCAAUUACCUGUCAUAUUAUUUCUCUUUAUUAAUUAACAGAUAUCCAUGCAUCAGUUUUUUGUGGUUAGGGUGACAGCUUGUCGAAUCUGUUAAAAAUGAUGUAUGAGAUGAAGCCAUGCAAGGAGUGGUGGUAGUUGUGUAUAGUGGUCUAAUGGCCUUCUGCUACAUGUAAAGAGUGCUUGUGGUUCCUUUUCCCUACUUGUUAACUUUCUUGAAGUAUCUCUCUACCUUUACUUCCUACAUUUCUGCAUAUAGAUUCAUAGGAUUCUUUCUGAGAUUCUUGUUGUCAUCAUAGAGGCUUGAUGUGCUG